AGGAUCUCACCUAGGAUUACAUCUAAAAACUAUGUUCACGACAUUGUAGUAUUUCGUUAAUUUUCUCUAAAGUGGACGUUUUCCUCCGCCACUGCGUUAAAAUAAUUAAGUUAAAUUAAACUCGAGCGCGUGUUGUCUCACAAUUCCUAAAAUCAACUAAAGUUAUGGACCGUGACAACACCCUGAAAAGGGAAACCAAUCCCAGAGAAACUGCAAAUAUUUUCUCCUUUUUGUCAUUCUUCUACUCUCUCCAGCUUUUUAAAAAAGGUUACUCAAAAAGCUUAGAAAUGGAGGACAUCUACGAAGUCGUGCCUGACUGUCGUUCGAAGCAGUUGGGCGAUCGUCUAGAGAAACAGUGGACAAUUGAAGAAAAUAAAACUCGAAAGCCGUCAGUUUGCCGGGCUCUUUGGGGUUGUUUCGGCAAAACUUUCAUUUGCCUGGGAUUAAUACAAUUUGUUUCAACUGUGGUCAAAACAAUUUGGUCACCGAGAGCUUUAUCAAAAUUGAUUUCGUAUUUCAAUCCCGGCCAAACCGACUUGACCAAACAAGAUGCCUACUAUUACGCUUGCAUGGUCAUUAGUUUGAGUGUGCUUGACUUAAUUGUUAAAAAUAAUUAUAAACUAGCCGCAUCCCAGCUAGCUGUCCGUAUAAAAGCUGCAGUUUCGACGCUUCUUUACCGAAAAUCCCUGAAGUUGGGUAACGAAGCGUUGUCGGAGAUAACGGCUGGGAAAAUCAUAACAAUCACAAGCAAAGACUUGGAUAUUGUUGAAACUGUAAUAACGGAAGGCAAUGAUAUUUGGAUAGCUUUGCUGCAAACUGCUCUCAUCUGCUAUUUGAUUUAUUGCCAAAUCGGAAUCGCUUCACUCUCUGGAAUUGUCUUUUUCUUUGUCGUGUUACCCAUUCAAGUACUUUUGGGCAAACUGGCGUACACUUUCAAACUGAAAAGUAGCAAAAAAAGUGACGAAAGACUCGAGUUCUUGAAGGAAGUUCUGUCAGCGAUAAAAAUUAUCAAAAUGUACACUUGGGAGCAAUUUUUUGAAACCAAAAUCAACGACACCCGAAAAGAAGAACUGAAGGAAAUUUAUAAACUCUACUACGCCAAAAUAGGGAUUAUAGUAAUUGGGAACGUUUCGACAAAAGUUGCAUUUUUUAUUUUUCUAAUGACUUACAUUUGGCUUGGUAAUGACAUAUCAGCUGAAGUGGUUUACUACAUUUUGAGUUGUUUCAAAGACCUUGAAGCGUCGCUCAACAUAACUAUGCCUUUUGGCAUUUCGUACCUUGCGGAAAUGUUUGCCACCACCAAAAGAAUUGAAAGUGUUUUGAAAAGUAAAGAACUGGGACCAGUCCACAAAGAUAUUGACUGCAUAGAACCUAAACUCAUUUUAUCUAACACCACUGUCAAAAUACGGGACAAAGUAGUGUUAAACAACGUAUCAUUGACCCUCAGCUCAGGUCUCCAUGUCGUUUUGGGCCCAGUAGGUAGUGGCAAAACAACAUUCCUGAAAACAAUCCUUCGGGAAACUGAAUUCAGUGGCGAGCUCCGAAUUUUUGGGAAAAUCUCAUUCGCGUCGCAAGAACCGUGGCUUUUCCCCUCAACAAUAAAAAAUAAUAUCCUUUUCGGGGAGGAAUUUUUCCCCGGACGUUACAAUAAAAUUUUACAAAUCUGUAACUUAAACCAUGACUUAAACUUACUACCGGAGGGAGACAAUACACUUAUAGGAGACCGUGGUUUGAAUUUAAGUAAAGGCCAACAAGCUCGGAUAAACCUAGCUAGAGCUUUGUACAGAGAGGGUGAUAUUUACCUCUUGGAUGACUGUUUGGCGGCUUUAGAUGCCCACGUAAGUGACAGCAUUUUUCAAGAAUGCAUUUGCAAGUUCUUGAAAAACAAAAUUUGCAUUUUCGUGACCAAUAAUUCGGACUACACUCAAAACGCUGAUAAUAUCAUUGUGCUAGAAGGCGGGUCAGUCAAAAUUGAAAAGAAAAUAAAACUCGAAGAAAAGUUACUCGAGCUUGAAGCUCUUAACAAAACGACCGAAAGCGAAGAAAAUCAAGUCGUGGUGAAGAGUGACCAAAAUCAGAUUUAUCACGAAGUGAAAAAGUCUGGAAAAGUGCCUUUGCGUGACUACCAUCAAUACAUAAUUUACGGCGGAGGUUUGACCAUAUUUUGUGUCUUGAUGGGGCUUUUUGUAGCAACUCAAUCCAUGGCUAGUUUUAGUGAGAAAAUUUUAAGCAAAUGGGUUACUUUGCAACAAAAUUUAACAAGUGGCAAAGAGUUGAAUAAAACUAACAUUGCUGAACCUAAAUCUAACGAGAAGAACAAUUUCUUGGCGAUUUACGCGAUCGCUGUUAUUUUUUCCAUUUUGUUAUCGUUGGUUCGUUCAUUUUCAUUCUUUUUCUUCACCAGAAAAGCUUCGUUCAAUAUUCACAAAGCAAUGGUGUGUAAUAUAGUAAACAGUACCAUGCAAUUUUUCGACUCACAUUUAAUCGGAAAUGUUCUGAAUCGGUUUUCGAAGGAUUUUGCAACUGUUGACGAACUUCUUCCAUUUGUCGUGAUUGAGUGCAUGAUAAUCAUUUUAGAAGUCGUUGGUUCUAUAGCUCUGUUAACAACAGUCCAUUACGUUUUCCUCUUAGAGGCCUCUUUCGUUUUGUUUUUGGCUUGUGUGGUCAAACAGUUUUGCCAACCCACUGGACGUAAUUUGGAGAGACUUCACAUUCUAGCUAGAAGUCCAAUAAUCGGUCAUAUGAGCACCAGUCUAGAAGGCUUAACAACCAUUAGGGCAAGCAAUGCUCAAGACGUUGUUAAAAAAGAGUUUGAAAGGCAUCAAGAUUUGUUUUCGUCUGCAUAUCUCAUGGUUAUUACAACGUUCAAAGCUUUAAAUUUUUUUAUGGAAUUAGUAUGUGUCGUUUUCUUUGGUGUUGUACUUUUACAGUUUUUGGCGACUGAUUUAGAUGCUAGUGUGGGUGAUGUAGGGCUUGUAAUAACCCAGUCUUUGGCAACUGUCACCACCUUUACACUAGCUAUGAUAAACAUAGCAGAUUGUGAAAACCUGAUGAUUUCUGUUGAACGUGUUUUGGAAUACACCAAACUCCAGGAAGAACCAAAAGACGGGAAAAUAAUAGACAAUUGGCCAAAACGAGGCCUGGUAGCCUUCAAUAAUGUUUCUCUUAAAUACGCUUCAAAUAAACAAAUGUUGAAAAAUGUUAAUUUUGAAAUUGCGCCCAAAGAAAAACUGGGACUUGUUGGUAGAACCGGGGCCGGGAAAUCAUCAAUUAUCUCGGCUUUGUUUAGAUUAUACGAAACCGAAGGCUCAGUCACGAUUGACAACACCGACAUCAGGGAAGUUUCCCUCAAUUUAUUGCGUUCAAGGAUAACCGUCAUCCCUCAAGAUCCCUAUCUGUUCAUAGGCACAAUUCGCGAAAAUUUGGAUCCUUUGGGUCAGCACAGUGACGACAAAAUUUGGAAAAUUCUGAAAGACUUGCAGCUCGACUCUUUAAUUGAUAAUCUCAAUUCCCAGAUUGAUAAAGGAUCAAAUUUUAGUGCUGGCCAAAAGCAGUUACUGUGUUUGGCGCGUGCUGUCCUUCGGAAAAGCAACAUUUUGGUUUUGGAUGAAGCUACAGCAAACGUUGAUCCAGAAACUGAUACUUUAAUCGAAGAAUCUGUUAAAAGGCAUUUUGCGGACUCGACUGUUAUUGUUGUGGCUCAUCGAUUGUUGUCGGUAAUGAAUUGUAACAAAGUCGUUGUGAUGAGUGACGGUCGGGUUAGCGAAUUCGACGAGCCGGAAAAGUUGUUAAAGGAUGGAAACAGUUUUUUUCGAAGUGUUAUUAAAUAAUUCUGAAAAGUG